GGUAUCAAUCCAAAAAUAGCCGAAAACCCUCCCAAAAUCUGAAUAAUCCAUCACCAUAUUUAGAUACGCAAGCAGUAAAUAAUCCUCUAAUGUCUAAAUCAACGUGUAUUUUCCUUUUGGAACUGUUGCGCUUUCUGCGUACUGUUGAAUUCUGAAGAGGUUGAGGUUAAGACUGACGAUAUCAACAGCUUUUCAACGUGUGUUUGAACAUCUCCUGCAGCGUUUCACGCCUCCAGCAGGAUGCCGCACGAAAACAAGCGCGUGUAUAUGUCGCCCAAAAGCACCGGCACGAUUCCAAAAGUGAAACAACGUAAUAACAACAACGCAAGCGGCGGUGGCGAACGCCGCAGCAACCUGGUUUCCAACAACCUUGGGAAUGAAUUUGAAGCACCAGAAGUGAACACAAACAGAGGGAAUAGGAAUCAGAACAGAAAUUUACACUUUUUUCACAUGAUGGACCUAAACCAGGAGAAUGGAGUGCAAAAUGGAAUAUUUUCUUCCAAUGGAACACUCACCUCCAAUGAAAGCAACACAAUAUCAAGAAGAAACUCAUCUGGGCUGAGUAAGUGUGAUAAUGUCGCAAAAUAUCCAGACAAGAAACAAAUUGAGAGCAAACUCAGCCAAAUACAAGAAUAUCUUCAAGUUGCCACUUCAAUGAAAGCCAAUAUGAAGAAAACUGAUGAACAGAUUCAAAGCAUUUCAAUUCAAUCACCAAAUAUGAGUGAUGAGGAGCCAAUGGAUGAUGAGCAGUUAGAUGCAAUUAUCAAAGACCUCACUGACAGUGCAGAUAAAUUACAAACAAUUUUAGAUGAGAUUGAUGGAAAGAAACCGAAUCAGUUUUCAGAUGGAUCGGAACAUUUAGACCCUGAAGUAGUCCGUCAAAACAAGAACGAGCUUGAGCGUAAAGUAGACGUAGCAACACGAGAUUUACAAAUUCUUAAAGAACAAGAAAAUUAUUUAUUGCAGUUGCAAUUGAAUGCUGAGAAUAAAUUACGCGAGGCACGAAGCGCACAAGCCAAACUUGCGAAAACGUCGCAGAGUACGCCUUCGCAAGUCCGCAAUACAAACACCAACUCCGAAUCGGAAUGGUGUAAUGAUUCUGAUACUUUAUCAAUGUCCGGAGCUUCCAGCGGAAGAAACAUUGACCUGCGCGAGUUGGAGGAACGAAUUAAAUCUUUUAACGUUGACGAAACGAAAGUUUGCUUCCCGGAACAAUUCCAAGGACAAAUUGAUCACUUGCAGAAUCAUAUUCAGCAGAUGCGCGAAAGUAACGACAAUCGGUCACAAUUAAUUCAAAUACUGGACUCGCGUGAUGCGCAACUUCAAGCACAACAUAAUUCUCUUCAGGGAAAACUUCAAGAGUUGCAGAAUAAAAAACAUCAAGUUGAUCAGCUUGUGGUUCAACUACAAACGAUGAAUGAGGAGUCCGAGGAGGACGAAAUGGGUUGUCAUGUUAAAAAGAUUGUUAACAUGAAGGAACAAUUGACGAAAUUGAAAGACAUGUUGAAUUUAGUUCAAAACACUGAGAAUUCAAUUGAAGGACAAGCAAUUGAAGACGGGAUUAAUUCAGAGAUUGAAGAGAAUGUUAAUCGGUUGAUUGCGAAAACCGAUAAUUUAAUGCAGCAGAAUCGCAUCCCGCACGUGGAGAACGUUGAGAAUAGUUCAAACGAACGUCACGUGAAAGAAAAACAAGUGAAUAAGAAGUCUAUGAAUGCUAACGAGAAAGAACGGAUGAAAUUACAAGCGGAAAUGCGAGCAAAGCGUAAAGAAUUAGAAGAGUUAAUGUGUAAACACAAAGCGGUGAAUUCGAAUCUCAAUCAUGACAAUCACAGCGAGAAAAAUUCCGAAAUGGGAGCGUGUGGUAAUAGUAACACUAAUAGCAACUUUGAAAAUGCUGGAAAUGCCUGGUAUCCGAUGGAUUCGAAUAUUUUUAACACCAGAGGAGAACAACAUUCAAGCGAAAGUGACGAUUGUCAGGAGGAAGAUCCGGAGUUUUCGGAGAUGCACUCGUCUAGUGAGUUAAACACAGCCGGUGUUCAACCAAUGCCUGUUUUUUCGUAUCCGACGGCGCAUUACAUCCGCAAACGGUCACAAGAACCGGCAAGUCCUCGCGUUGAAAUGCCACAUGAUCAAAUAUCGUCCAGAAGUCCAGCUAGGAGUGUACGCAGCGCAACUCCUGCUUUCCCAGCACGUAAUCACGAAAACGCUUCUAGAAGUCAGAUACAGAAACAAUUGGAAUUGAUCAAAACCGUCUGCGAUUCGAUGCUUGAUUCGAAUAAUGACGAAUCGGAACAGACAGCGCCAGUUCGCGUCCGGAAUAAUCUCACUCCUUCUCCAAUUUAUUCCGAACCUAGACAUUUUUCGCCACGCUCGAAUCUUCCUACUGCUAGUUCAACAAACGCUUUGAAUGUUGUAAAUUGUCCCGAACCGCAGAUUAAUAUGCAAAUGCCGCCGAAUCUCUCGCCAAACGAUACCACAGCUUAUAAUAACUGGCUGACGACGAAUUCUCUACAAACUCAAGCUUUUAUACUCAAUACUUUGAAUCAAUGCUGUCAGAUGUUGUGGCAUCAACAAAAGGAACUGUCUACGUUAAGAAACACAGUUAAUGUUAUGCAAGAUCGUUUUGGAAAUGUUUAUCACGAUGAUAAUACUCAUACACCAUUAUGUAUGCAGUCAAAUCCAUGUUUAUAUCAACCAAACAUCCCAAAUAACUACAAUUAUCGCCAUCCGAUGGUCCCGAAGGCGAAUCAAAUGACUCAACAGCAACACCAAGCGAAUCUCAGUUCUGGAUCGAUGCCGAAUCUGAAUGGCUGCGCGCAUUCAUCCGCUAGUAACGCUACUAACAUGGAGCAUGCCGCUUUCUGCAAUAACAUGAUGGCGAACGCGACUAACAGCGCCACCGCACCGGUAGUACACCAUCAGAACCAUGAUCAUCCGUUGAAUGUCCCCGCGCCCAUUUGGAAUGGACAGGCGUUGAACAAUCAAGUCGCACCUGGUAAUCGAGCGAAUAAUUACUGGGAUAACUUUCGCAGUUAUUCGCGUCAAAACUUGUUCUCAACGAAAAGUAAUGAUGGAACGCAUGGGAUACAAAACUUGUUCAAUGAAAGAUCGAAUCAAACGUCGGAAAGACGGGUUAAUCAAGACGUAGUGUCAUCAACUUCUUCAGUUGGCAUAAGUUCUCUAUUAGCGAAGUCAAAUAGUAUUCAUAAUGAAACUUCUGUGUCUGUAUCUGCUUCUGCAUCGGUGGAGAAUUCACCACGGCGUAUUUCCGUGCCGAAACGGCGUGUGAGAACUGGGAAUUCGCCGGAACGUCGGCGACAAGAUAAACCAGUGAAUAAUGAAGAUAGUUUUUCAUUACCGCCAUUAUCACGCAUUGAUUCACAGUUUUCGAUUCAUACGAUUCCGGAUUCCUGCGAGGCGGCUGUUAAUAGAAGUACAAUUGCGAGCAAUGCGCAGAAAACUAAACUUAUUGAAGAUUUGCGUGAGAAUGUAUACAAAGAAGUCGCUUCUUUAAUCUCUGCCAACGAAGAGCGGCCGCAUUUUUUAAUACAACUCUUUCAAGAUCUACAAUUGGUUAGUUCUGAUCCUCUGAGAAGGAAUGUCUUACAAAGUGUGCAAGAAUUAAUCACAAGUUCAUUAACUAAUGCGUCCAGGCAGCAACAGAAUGAAGUUGAACCAGCGCGUCCGAUAGAAAAAUAUUCCAUCGCUGAAGAAUCAAGUGCAGAGUAUGAAUUGUUGACAAUGCAGCAUGAUGCAUCGGCUACUACAAGUGAUGGUAAUAUGAGCGAUAUUGUUGCGGACGCGCAGAGUGACAUGCAGAGAGCUACGUUGAUGUGGCCGAUGAUUUCGAAACAUCAAGAUGCACAGGAACAGUUUCAUGAGCCACCAAUGGCGUCUUUUCUUAAUAUGCGCCAUGAGGAUGAUGCGUAUAUGAUGCCUUUUGGUAAUGGUGAGGAAGAAAUGCCCAGGUUGCAGAUUUUGGUGCAGAAUGGUGACUUGGCCGAGGCUGAUCAGAGUUGUGCGGCGGAAGAAGACGAUGAAGGAGCUGUUGGUGGCUUGUUGAAUAUUUUAGAGAGAAGUUCCAGUAGUAAUACAGGACAGAUACAUUUGGUGGAAGAAGAACUUAAUUUGGAGACAGAGGAUGAGAGCGAACAGGGUUUAGACCAAGUGCCAACCAGACUCAGCAAUCCACCUUCGAUUGGUUGCUCGCCGAAGUCGCAAUAAGCGUGAAAUUAACAGUUGCAUUUUGUACAUAGAUCAUAAUUUAUUUAUUUUGCGUUUUGUUAUCAUCAAUUCAAAAAUCCAAUAAUUAACGUUAGAAUUUAGAAAUUAAUAUGAAACAUGUUGAUAAAUAUGUACUAGUGAGCUCAGAAAAUUUAUCAAAACUAUAAAAAAUGUCUAACUGAAAGAAAUUAUAUGGAAAAGCGUAAUUAAAAUAUAACUACAAGACAGAUAA